AUGAAGGGAAGCGACAAGAAGGAACAGAAUCGCAGUGACGUGACAAGAGAACAGCGCACUGACCCUGAGGGAGAGCAUCAUAGCAAUGCAGGAAGAAGAAGCAUCAUGAUGAAAAAACUACACGGAGGAAAUAGUGAUAGAAAUCUAGCAAAUAAAGGCAUCUACAUAAAAGUGCCAGGUGAAGUAGAAUCUUCAGAAGGAUGCUGCGAAGAAUCUCAUCAUAAACAAACCUUCCAAAAAUUUUUCGUCAGAGGAAGGCAGCAAACAGCUAUAUUUUCAUGA